GGUGAGCUGCCAAAGGGUGCUUUUCGCCAGCACCCUCUCCCUGCCCCACGACAGACCCAGAGAAACAGGGCUUAGAUGGGGAAACUGAGGCCCAGAAAGGGGUGUGACCUGCUCAAGGUCACACCAAGUGAGGUUGGAGCUGGGCUGAGUGAAGAUCAAGCCUGAGCUGUUCGGGUCUUGAUCUUGUGCCUCCAGGAGCCUGUCCUGGCUCAGCCCGGAUCCCAGAAAGGGAAGGUGCUGGAGUAGGAGUUCUCCAGGCCUGGGAGUGAAUUCUGACUCUGCCAUUACUACCGGUGUGAGGUCUGGCAAGUCACUUCACCUUUCUGAGCCAUUUUCCCAUUUCAAGCAAGGCUUGAUAAUGAGCGUGAAUGACGGCCCCCAGCACAGCGGCUUUGUGGACCCGUGAGCACCGGUGCAGACCCCUUUCCCUAAGGGAACCUCCUCCAGGAAGUUCCCCUCCCCAUGCUUUGCGGCCACAGCGAUACCCAGAGUAGGAACUCUCCCCCCAGAGGGGGCAAUCCUUGCUCCUUGCAUGGCCGAGGGAAUUAAGGCCUGAGCCAGAGGAAUGCUGAAGAUGAUGACCUUCUUCCAAGGCCUUCCAGGCCAGCAGCCUGUGCCAGGGACCCUUGACUUCCCCGGAAGCCCCCAGAAGUUGCCCUCCACGUCAGAGGUGGACUCAGAGGCCUCCAUGUCAGAAGCCUCCUCUGAGGACCUGGUGCCACCACUGGGGAGGGAUGAAGAAGAGACCACGAAGAAGAAGAAGCCAAAAGUCCUGGCCAACAUGUUCAGCGUCUUCACCAAAGGGAGGAAGAAGAAGGGCCAGCCCAGCUCCUCAGAGCCAGAGAGCAAGACUGAGUCCCAGCCCGUGCUGGAGGACCGGUUGCCCACAGUGGAGGAGCUCAAGGCCGACCUGGAACGUGGGCAGCUGGAGGCGGCGCAGCCGCUGCUGGCGCUGGAGCGGGAGCUGCAGGCGGUGGCGGCUGCGGGCAGCGCAGCCGAGGAGGAGCUGGUGUGGCGCCAGAGCAAGGUGGAGGCGCUGUACGUGCUGCUGCGCGACCAGGUGCUCGGCCUGCUGCGCCGGCCGCUGGAGGCGCCGCCUGAGCGGCUGCGCCAGGCGCUGGCAGUGCUGGCCGAGCAGGAGCGCGAGGACCAGUGCGCAGUGACCGCGGCGCCCAGGCCCUCGGCGCUGGUGGCCACGCGCCCACGGCACUGGCUGCAGCUCUGGCGGCGCAACGUGGCGCAGGUGGCCGAGGAGCGCCUGGGCCAGCCUCCGGCCGCACAUGCCAGCGGCCACUCGGAGGCCGAGCGCAUCUUCCUGCACAUGGGCCGCACCAUGAAGGAGGACCUGGAGGCCGUGGUGGAACGGCUGAAGCCGCUGUUCCCCGCCGAGUUCGGUGUCGUGGCCGCCUACGCCCAGAGCUACCACGAACACUUCGCGGCCCAGCUGAUGGCCAUGGCGCAGUUCCAGCUGUGCGAGCGCGACAACUACAUGCUGCUGGUCUGGGUGCAGAAUCUCUACCCCAAUGACAUCAUCAACAGUCCCAAGCUGGCGGAUGAGCUGAAGGAGGUCAGCCUGGGGAGCCUCCUGCCCCCCAACCAGAUCCGGCUGCUGGAGGCCACGUUCCUGUCCAACGAGGUGAACAGUGUGCAGGAGCUGAUGGCCCGCGCCCUGGAGCUGGAGUCACAGCGCUGGGCCCAGGAUGUGGCCCCCCAGAGGCUGGAUGGCCACUGUCACAGCGAGCUGGCUAUUGACAUCAUCCAGAUCAUCUCCCAGAGCCAGGCCAAGGCCGAGAGCAUCACCCUGGACCUGGGCGUGCACAUAAAGCACAUGCUGCUGACGGAGCUGGCUGCAUUCCUCAGGAGCUACCAUCGCGCAUUUGAUGAAUUUCUGGAGCGGUGCAGACAGCUGAGAAAUUACAGGGCCAAUGUCAUCGCCAAUAUCAACAACUGCCUGUCCUUCCGGAUAUCCAUGGAGCAGAGGUGGCAGGCCCCACAGGACCUCCUGGGCCCCCUGAGUGAGCUCAAAAGUCAUGGCUUUGACAACCUGCUCCAGAACCUGUUCAGGGACCUGAAGCCGCUGUUCAAGAAGUUCACACAGACCCGCUGGGCGGCCCCUGAGCAGACCCUGGAGGAAAUCAUCACCACCGUGGGCGUAAGGCUGCCUGAGUUCUCGGAACUGUACGACUGUUUCCGAGAGGAGCUCAUGGAGCUUGUACACCUGCACCUGGUGAAGGAAUACAUUGUCCGGCUCAGCAAGCGGCGCCUGGUCCUCAAGUCGGCCGAGCAGCAGCAGCAACUGGCGGGGCACAUCCUGGCCAAUGCCAACCUCAUCCAGCGCUUCUGCACUCAGAACGGCUCCCCAGGGACCUGGCUGCAUCAAGCCCUCCCCACACUCGCUGAGAUCAUUCGCCUGCAAGACCCCAGUGCCAUCAAGAUCGAGGUGGCCACUUAUGCCACCUGCUACCCUGACUUCAGCAAAGGCCACCUGAGCGCCAUCUUGGCCAUCAAGGGGAACCUGUCAAACAGUGAGGUCAAGAGCAUCCGGAACAUCCUGGACAUUAACACCGGGGUGCACACGCCUGUCAAGUCCCUAUUUUCACUUAUAAAGGUCGGUUAGCUUCUCCUGCAGCCUGACCUGCUUGUGAAUACCCAGCAAGCAUUGGACACACCCCGCUUGGGGGCAAUUCAGACCAGCGCCGGCUUCAUGGCCCCUCACAGGCUUCCUGCCUGCUCCUGCCUCUGCCCAGCCCUGGCCAAAGUGCA